GACAUUGUCUUCAUUUAUCAUCAAAUAGAUCGAAUAAAUUGGUGAAUUUGUUAAUUAAUUAUGUUUGAUUAAACCAGUCUUGUGGUAUUAUUGCGGUAACGACAACCAAACCGAGCAAGGAAAGCUGUGAGCUUAGUUCCAUUCAAUCUGUGUGACUUCUGAGUUCUGACGAUUAUUACCAAGUUUAAAAAUAACACGUAUAUUCAGUGAAUAAAAAAGAAAUAAUGCUAAUAACAAUGCACUAAAAAUCCCAUGCAUUUCUAACACAUAGAUGACCAUGACUUCCAUGGAAGAAGAUGGGGUGUCACCGGCGGAAGAGGUACCAGCUGGUAACCCUGAAGAACUGGCUAAAAAUCCUACAGCACUGAAAGAGGCUCAUGAACAAAUGGCAACUCUUGAUGUUCUGGUUUGUGGCCAGUGUCAUUCAGCGUUUCACUUCGUAGAAGAGUUCAAAGAACACAAAAGUGCAAACAAUUGUACUGGGAAAUCACCAGUACGGGAUAGUAAUGAAAGCAAAGCACAAGUGUGGGCAUUCCUCCUUUGGAAGUGUUCCUCAGUACGAGAUGGAUCCGUGAUAUCUUCCGAUAAUAGUUGGAAGCUGUACCAACAAUGGUGCCGUAUGGCAGAAUCGCAACGGACUGCUUGGAUUACUGCAGGAUCUAAUGUUCAGUCCUUAUCCAAGUUCUCUCAUGCUAAAGUGAUGGAAGUUAAGACUGAUGAUCAGCUUGUACCUGUCCAAACUCCUGUAUUACAAGAAACUAGGAGAAGAGGAAGGCCAAGAAAACAAGUUAAAAUUGAAGAUGAAACACAGCCCUCUGGUGAAGAAAGUGAUGGUAUGGCUAAACAGAAAGUGAUUAUCAACAAGACACCUCUUCAAAAUGUUAAAAAGGACCUGGACAAGGAGUCGGUCCGCAACGCGCAGGAGCGCGUGCCGCCCGAGGAGCGCAUCGCGCGGCGUACGGAGCGCGAGGGCGCCGACCCGGCCGAGGCGGGCGAGUACGUGGUGGAGAAGAUCCUCGCCAAGCGGUUCAACCCGCGCCGCAAGCAGUACGAGUACUUGCUCAAGUGGGAGGGAUAUCCGCAUGAGCAAAACACUUGGGAGCCGGUGGAGAACAUGGAGACGUGCAAACAUCUGCUGGAGGCGUUCGAGAAGCAGCUGGCGCGCCAGAAGGAGCUCAAGGCCUUGCGAGCGCAGCAGCAGCAGCAGCACCCGGUGCAGGUGAAACAAAUCAGCACACCUAUUCCACAAGUUGUGAAGCAAAUUAAGAAACCUGAGAGCCCAGCAUUGACGCCAACCGGACGCCUCCAACGCACUAGUAAAGUGCGCGCUCUAGAUCAAGUCAAGGCGUGGUGCGGCGCAGAGGACGAGCCAGCAGCCAAGAAAGUCAAGAAGGAAGUCUCUUCGGAAGAUGAGGACUACUCAGAUCCUGAAAUACCUAAGACCGAGAAGAAAAUGCUGAACGGUCAGUCGUCACCCAAGUCGGCGCUUGACCCUGAGCUGGUCAAGUCGCUCGGCCUCAGCGGGAAGGGGAUGCCGAACAUCAAGGGCGUCAUUAAAGUCGAUCCUAAGCACAUGCCGAAUCUCUCCACCGGGGUGUACAUAAUGUCCAAGAGCUCUGGAAUAAUGAAGAUUGACUCGCCAGGAAAAUUAGGCCCCGGAUUAAAUAUAGACCAAGAUGUGAUCAGGAAACAAAUUUUAGCCGCUAAACAGCAGAAGACUGAAGAAGUUAAGAAGUCGCCAGUUCGCACUCCAAACACGCCACAAAUGAGGAAAACUUACGGCUCGGCUGGACAGCAAGUCACUGAGAAGACAAUAAUCACGCCUUCGGGACAGAAGAUCAUUCAGCGCACAAUACAGAGACCCUCCGCCGUGAGCCAAACGUCGGCAGACAAGUCGCCUGUUACCAUAUUGAACAAGAAACUGCAAAGCCAGAGCGGCGACAGUUUACUCCGGCGCGGCGGCUCAGUGCGCGGUCGCGGGCGCGGCGGCUUCGCGUCCGUGUCCACGGCCGCCGGCAACAUCGUGCGCAUCCGCGACAAGACGCCGCAACAGCUGCUGGACUUCGACCAGUCGGACGCGUCGUCGGAGACGUCGGACGGCAUCGAGGACCCGUUCCCGCGGGACCUGGGCCCCAUCCCGCCCACGUCGCCCGAGCGGCCGCUGUCGCUGUGCCCGCUGACCGGCAAGCGCCUGGCGCGCGCCGAGGGCGAGCCCACGCCGCCGCCCACGCCCAGCCCGCCGCCCACGCCGCCGCCCGCGCCCACGCCGCCGCCGCACCAGGGCACCAUGCUCAUGAAGGUGGAGAUGUCACCGGGCGGCACCACCGGCAUGCUCGUGCAGGGUGACGGAGCGCAGCCGUCGUUGCCGGUGCUGACGGAUGACGAUGGACAGGAGGUAAAGGUGGAAGCGAGCACCGUGAAGCAAUUACUGGAGGAGGGCGGCGACGAGGGCGAGGAGGUGGGGCUGCUGCACGCCGCGCACCCGCCCAUCAUGAUCCGCGGCGAGGACGGCGUGCUCUACCAGGUUGCGGGUGAAAACGAGGCCGGCCAGACGCUGUUAGUGGCCGCGGAAGGCAUGGAAGGCGCGGUAGAGGGCGUCGAGGGCGCCGUGGAGGGCGAGGGCGACGGCGUCAUGUACGUCACCCGGGACGACGGACAGACGCUGCUGGUGGCGGCGGAGGGCGCAGAGGGCGCCGUGGAGGGCGAGGGCGACGGCGUCAUGUACGUCACGCGGGAGGACGGACAGGACGUGCUGGCCAUCGACCCGUCGCAGCUGGCGCAGCUCAUGCCGGGCGGCGCGGCGCCGGCGCUGCAGCAGGUGGCCGUGCAGGUGGAGGGCGAGCCGGGCGAGGACGCCACGCAGGUCAUCGCGCAGCUGCUGCAGGCCGACCUGCCCUCGCCGGGUACGAUACAAAUAGAGAUAUAG